GGUGUAAGGUCGAAGGUUGGACUCGAUGACCUCAGAGGUCUUUCCAAUCCAAGUGACACUGUGACUGCGAUUCACUUCCUUGCCCGGAGCUGCCCGCAGAAGCGGGGGCUGGCUCGGGGCACAGCGGCGGCCCGCUCGCAGCCCGGCAGUGUCGCGCACUGCCCGCGUCCCGCGCCGCCCGCCCCCCGGGGCCGGCACAAGCGGCCCGGCCGGGCCGGAACGCGGCGCUCCCGCCUGGCAGCGCCCGGGGCCGGGCGGAGCGGAGCGGGGCGGGCAGAGCGGCGUGCGGGGUGGCGGCCCCUGCAGGACACCCGGAGCCUCGGCAGCCGCCGCCGCGCAGCCGGUGGUGUCAGUGCCACGGUGUCCGCCGGGGAGCGAGAGGCAGCGCCGGCGCCCGCCCGCCCGAUCUCCGCGGCCAGGCCCCCGCAUGCAGCCCUCACCCUGGAGCGGCGGCGGCGGCGGAUCGAGGAGCUCUCGAGGUCCUCCCGGCAGCGACUGCUGCAGUCGCGGGACAGGAUGUUCUCCAAGUUCACCUCCAUCCUGCAGCACGCCGUGGAGGCGCUCGCACCUUCCCUUCCAUUACAAGAAGAUUUUGUGUACCACUGGAAAGCAAUCACCCAUUACUACAUAGAGACCUCAGAUGACAAAGCUCCUGUGACUGAUACAAACAUUCCCUCUCACCUGGAACAGAUGUUGGAUAUUCUAGUUCAAGAAGAAAAUGAGAGGGAAUCGGGUGAAACAGGACCAUGCAUGGAAUAUUUGCUACAUCAUAAGAUUUUGGAGACACUCUACACGCUAGGAAAAGCUGAUUGUCCUCCAGGAAUGAAACAGCAAGUUCUGGCUUUUUAUACAAAACUUCUUGGAAGAAUUCGGCAACCUCUUCUUCCUCACAUAAAUGUGCAUAGGCCAGUGCAGAAAUUAAUCAGGCUGUGUGGUGAGGUUCUGGCAACACCAACAGAAAAUGAAGAAAUUCAGUUUCUCUGUAUAGUAUGUGCAAAGCUGAAACAGGAUCCAUACCUUGUCAACUUCUUCCUUGAGGUCAUUCAGGAUCCUGUUUUGCACCUUUGCAGGAGGCAGAAUAAGUUAAAAGCAAUGGCUCUCCAAGGAUCAGCAAGUGUAAUCACAGAAGACAUGAUCAAAGACCAAGAGUCCGUGACAACAGACACGGGGCAGCCUGGCCAGCCUGAGGAGACGCCCGGUGCUGCUGGAGCCGAGCACAUGGAGAAGGAGGAUGAGCUCCCACAACAGGCAGAGGAGCUCUCUUUCAGUCUGGAUGAACUCAAUGUCACAUCAUCGCCUGAGUCCUCCACUGCUUGUCCAAAUCAAGACUAUAAUUUAGUGAAUUCUCUACUAAACCUCACUAAAAGUCCUGACGGCCGGAUAGCAGUCAAGGCCUGUGAAGGUCUCAUGCUUUUGGUGAGUUUGCCAGAACCAGCAGCAGCCAAGUGCCUGACUCAAAGCACUUGUUUAUGUGAAUUGUUGACAGACAGGCUGGCCACCCUCUACAAAGCCUUGCCUCAGUCACUGGAUCCCUUAGACAUUGAAACAGUGGAGGCAAUUAACUGGGGUUUGGAUUCCUACAGCCACAAAGAAGAUGCAUCUGCUUUUCCAGGGAAAAGAGCAUUGAUUUCAUUUCUUUCUUGGUUUGACUACUGUGAUCAACUCAUCAAAGAAGCACAAAAGACGACUGCUGUUGCUAUGGCAAAAGCUGUGCGGGAACGAUUCUUCAUUGAUGUUAUGGAACCUCAGCUGAUGCAAACUUCAGAGAUUGGAAUCCUCACGUCAACUGCACUGUUGCACCGCAUUGUUCGUCAGGUGACUUCGGAUGUGCUGCUGCAGGAGCUGGUGUAUUUUAUCCUUGGAGAGCACAGAGAGCCGGAAACGCUGACAGACAUCAACAGGCAUCCACUGCGGCACAGGCUGAUCGAGCACUGUGAUCACAUUUCUGAUGAGAUAAGCAUAAUGACUUUACGAAUGUUUGAGCACCUUUUGCAAAAACCCAAUGAGCACAUCCUUUAUAAUUUGGUUCUGAGAAAUUUGGAAGAAAGAAACUACAUGGAAUACAAGCCUCCCUGUCAAGAAGAUAAAGAUGUGGUAGAGAAUGGACAGAUUGCUGGAGCAGUAGAUCUGGAGGAAGAUCCAUUGUUUACUGAUCUGUCUCCAGAUAACGCAUUGUCAGCUCAGGAGUGGCUCAGUGCUUCUCCACCUGUCAGUCCAGAACAUCCAAAAAAUGAUGGGAAGACUGAAGUUCAUAAAAUUGUAAAUAGUUUUCUCUGUCUUGUACCUGAUGAAGCAAAGUCGUCAUACCAUGUGGAGGGUACAGGUUAUGAUACUUACCUCAGAGAUGCCCACAGACAAUUCCGGGAUUAUUGUGUCAUUUGCUUACGGUGGGAGUGGCCUGGAUCUCCCAGAUCUUUGGAAAAGUGCAAUUUAGAAGCGUCAUUUUUUGAAGGACACUUCUUGAAAGUUCUGUUUGAAAGAAUGGGGAGGAUUCUUGAUCAGCCCUAUGAUGUAAAUUUACAAGUUACGUCAGUGUUGUCCAAACUGUCCCUGUUUCCCCACCCUCACAUACACGAAUACCUUUUGGAUCCUUACGUCAACCUCGCCUCUGGCUGCAAGUCUCUCUUCUCUGUGAUUGUCAGGGUCGUCGGGGACCUCAUGGUUAGAAUCCAGCGCAUCCCAGAUUUCACUCCCAAACUUCUGCUGGUCAGAAAACGCCUGCUGGGCUUGGAGCCAGAAGGGCCCAUCAUUGACCACAUGACGUUACUAGAGGGCGUGAUUGUGCUGGAGGAGUUCUGCAAGGAGCUGGCGGCGAUCGCCUUUGUCAAGUACCACACCUCAGCCACGCCCUGAGCAGCCGGGCCGAGCCACCCCCGGAGGGCCGCUGACAACACCCAGAGACAAGGGGGUGCCUGCGGGCCAAGUGGCACAAAAGGGGAUGUUGGGAAGACUUCACCAGAUCUUGAGAUUGCAAAUGGACUUGGAAUAUGAGCAAAGGCAUUUGGGGAGAAACCAACAGGCAGCCUUUCUAGACACUGUGAAGAGCUGCAAAAGCUGCUUGAAGAACCACAGCCAUCAGACCUUGGUUAUUCUGAUGACAAUGUUUAGAAGGUUUGGGCUCUUGUAUGUCCUGGGGCUCACAUGCACCAAUUUGCUCUUUGUGACCAUAUUACUUUUAAAAAAGCAAAUUAAUUUUAUAACAUUUUAAUGCGUUAAUUCUUUUUCUUUUCAGUUGGAUAUAUGAAAGAAAACCACACCUAUAGUUUCGAUGUAUGUUAUUAAAAAUGAAGAAGUUAAAAAAAUCCACCAAUCCAUAUACAAGAGGAUAUGUUAAUGAGGGAUCAUUUUGCUCUUGGUAGAUCUUAAGUACAACUCUGAGCUUGAUUCCUCAUUGGUUUACUCCAAGAAAUCGAUCAGUCUAAGAUCAAUACUAAAGAAAUUAAUCCUCAUUUGGCAUCACGUCCAUAACAAAUAUAUCUGAAGUGUAUGUGUUUGUAGCAUGCUUGUCUCUGUCAUUCCAAGUGAUUGAUAUCCAGGUCAUCCAUGUAACUAGAUUUACUUUAGAUUUUUACAUAGGAACUUUAGUUGUUUGACUCAUGUCACCUUUACAUUAUAGGUUAAUUGUAGGUCAUCAGUAGUUGUUGCUGAAACAGUAUUUUUAAUUUCUUUUAAAUUGGUAUUAGUCUGAAUUGGUUUAAGACUCUUUUGUGCCUUGAAAAUCAGCAGCAUAAACAUUCUGUUAUUUUGAGAGACAUUUUUAUUGCUUAUCUAACCAUCACAGUGAUGCCAACUCAGUUAAAGCAUUGAUAACUUAUUUAGGACCAAAAUUUGCACCUGCUUUUCACAGUGCUGGGAUGCAGGAAUGCCUCUCAGUGACUCCUUUUCCUUGUGAAUGCCAUCAGCCAGGACAGAUACUGGCAUUGCAAGCAGAGGACACUUCAGGGUGCUUUGCUUCUGCCCUCCAGAGGGUCCUCACUGCCAGGUGGCUGUGCUGGACCUUGCAGUCACACAUAGUGACCUGUCCUGCUCCCCACACUUGUGGGUAGGACCCCUUUCCCCUCCUUUGAACAAGGCCAGGUAGAGCUCAGCUCCUUCUGUUUACAUUGUCUUUCCUCCUUUCCUGCCCCAUGUUUGCACAGCUAAUGCCCAUUUCAGAUGUCAUUGCUCAUAUGCAAACAUAGACUAAUUUAUUCAGUCACUAGAAUUCCUCUGCAUUUACAUGGCUGUACCUAGAAUCAGAUUCUGCUCUUUAUCUAUGCCUUUGAGGUCUUGUUUUUUAAUAUUUAUGGAAGCUGGAUGUUAAGAGACCUUCUAAGUUAGCAGGUUAAUUAGAGCAGUGUCACAGUUAAUGGGCUAAAUUUAUUCUUGUCACCAGUGAAGAGCAUCCUGCUGUAAGAGCUUCCAGCACAGGUUCAGCUGGAGAAAGCAGUUCUGGAACUGGGGAAACAUUUUGGCAGGUAAAAUCUGUAUCCCCUGUACUGGGACACUUUUGUAAAAACUGUUGCAUUUCUCUGGCAAACAAAAGCAUGUUUUACUUCUUCAACUGUUGGUUUUUUUUCUUUAUUUAGCUCCAAAGUGUUUUCAGGUCCAAGUAGCAUAGUAGGACAAGAUUUGAAUAAAAUACACUUCAUUUUUCUUCUUGAGAAACAUACCUUGAAUAUAGCAAAUAAUUUUUAGUGAUCUGCAUUGCAGACAGUCCACAUUCAGAGUUUACUUAAUACCUGACACAUAGUUUAGAACAUGUUGAUGUCUAUGCAGAGUGAUGUUUAAUGCAUACAUUUGUCAUUUAUAAGGUCCCAAUUCAGCAAAACAGUCAAACAUAAGCUUAAUUUCAAGUAUUUUUUCCUUAAAUCACAAUCUUUUACAUGUAUAAAGUUAAGCAGUUGAGCAGAAAUGCUGAUGCUUUACUGAAUUUGGGUCUUUGUUGGUUUUGCUUGAGCUUAAUUACUUUUUCCUCAAAUCAUCUGGUUUUUUUUAGCAUAUUAUCCAGAAUACUUCUAAUGUCCCAAUUUCAGUGGAAACUGGAAGUGGUAAUACUACUAUAAAGUGAGUGAAAUGUUAAACAAAACUUGCAUGAGCAUUCCGAGUAAUAUAAGAAUUGAUAAAGCUAUUCAAGAGUUGCCUGAUCUCAAAUGAAAGCAUUAACAUCACUUCCUUUGUUGUGCUGUUUUCACUGGUAGCUGAACUCAUUACCCUGAAAGGCUGCAGCCUCUGUGGCAUUCUAAUGCAAAACACUGCAGAGCUGCAAACACAGCUCCUUAAGCUUGUCCAUGAGGAAAAUAAGUGGAUGGAACUGUGAUCACUCUGAAAUUCAGGCUAUGUUUGUUCAGUCUCCAGUGACAUUGGUGACGUUCUCUUGCAAACCAAAUGUUACUUAGUUGAUAAAUUUAUAAGACAUGGAUCCAUCCUCACACAAGUGAAGCCAUCCUUAAAGUUGCUUUAGCGUAAACUGCUUUUGUGAGUGCUGCCUACAAACCCUUAUUACCAUACCUGAUGACAAUGACCUUUAUUUUUGUAAAAGUGCUUUAAUCUUUCUUAAGAGAUGGAACUCAUUUAAUUAUUUUUGUGGAGAUAUUUUUCGUGCACUUUUUUUUUAAUGAUUAGAAGUUAGUUCAGGUCCAUGUUUUCACCUUUUGAUCUAUGCAUGUCAUUGAGGAGCCCAUUUUGUUUCUGUGUGCAUGUGUUUGUAUGUGGUUAUUUAUUACCCAGAGAGGGACACCAGAGAAAAUACUUGGCCUGAAGAGUUCAUGGCUUGUGCAGAUCCUCCAGAUGUCAGUGGGAAAAACAAGUGCUCAUCAGCUUAGAGAGUUGUGCCACUGGUAUUAGAUAGAAAUACUUGAGAUGGGAUUCUAGAAUAACUUUUUAUUUCAAAAAGCAGAUUCAGACCACAUUCUAAUCCUGAUGCACAUGUGUGUAAAUAGAAGCAUUGUUUGUUUUAUUUUUUUUCAUUUAUAGUAUGUAUUUGAUUUAGACUGAUUUAGAAAUUUUUGUAAUAAGCCAUGUGCUAGCUCUGGUAGAACAAGUUUGUCCUUAGGUUCUCCUAUGACUGUAAUAUUCCUGGUAUUCAGAUUCUGUCUGUGUAAUGUUCUUACUCUAUAUUUGUCUGUGCAAUAUAAAAGCUGUGACUUGAGGCACAGCUUGAGUCUGGUUGUACAUCACCUAUGUAUAUAUAUACAUAUAUAUAUAAAAGGACCAGAAUCCCGAGCUUGCUUACACUAUGAUUAGUGUAAAUAUUGCCACACUUUGUUUUACAGGGCACAAGUAAUCAUGGAAUGGCUUUGUAAAUGCAUGGUAAUUUCUACCAUAACCUGCUGUGCAGUCUCACAGGUGACAUUUUAUUAGUGCUCUUUGUCUUGCUAGAAGAAAUACUAACCUGAAGGACUUGGUGAGAUUAAAGGGUCCUGGAAUAGACCUGGGGCUACAUGGAAAAUCCAUAUCUGAUAUUGCAUAUCAUACAGGGUUUUCAAACCAUGUCCUCAAUGCUUUCUGUGCCCUGUAAAAUAGUGUAAUUAUAUAAAAUAUAUACUCCUUGUUUUGCCUCCUGCCUUGUUUACAUUAAACAGAGGAUAUUCAGUAAAAAUUUUCUAAUAAACUUUGUGUAGGUCACUUACUAACAGUGUUGCCAAGGUUUCACAGAUGUGGGAAUUUCCAGUGAGGAAUUGUUGAAACAGCCACAUUACCAGACACAGAAUAUUAAGUUUUAUGAAGGAGGUUGUGAUAAAACUCAACUUUUUGUGCUAAAAAAUGCAUGGAGGAUUAAAAGGGAUAUUCUCAAAAUAAAUUAAUUUCAGUGAAGCCACUGCUUCUAUUAUUACAGAAUCCAUAAUUUUGUAUGGGUGACCUUGAGACAGAAUAUUUUACAUCAUGCCUUUGAUCCUGAAGUCCUCAUUUAUUUUGAGUCUGUCACUACAGCAUCUUCUGGGAUAAGUGUGUUUCCUGUGCUGUGCUGUGCAGGGCUUGGACUGAAUCAGCAUGCUCUUGCCCAGGAGAAUGGGAAACUUAGGGAAACGGGCAGGCUGGAGCCAUCCCGGGCACAUAUUAACAUCAGCUCUUUCCUGGGAGCCCUGAUAUCCUUCCAGAAAGGCUGCAGCUGGUCAAGGCCUUGGUUCUCUAUUGCAUUUGAGUGCAGAGUGUGUCAGUCACAGCACUGGUUUGGUGGAGACAAAUGUCAUGGGGGUGAGUGAGCAUAGUUUCUUCCUUCAGGGCCUUCCAGGCUUUUAUACACAGGGGUUUAUAUAUGUUUUUAUAUACUUUUAAAUUGUGUUUGUUGUGUGUUUUUUCUACUUUUGGUUUCCUUCUAGUUUUCAUCAGCCUUUAAAAUAUCUUGUUGCUCUGUAGGAUCCCCUCUGAGAGCUGCACUUGGAUGUUAAGCUAUUCCUUCUCGGUAUUUAACAUCUGCAAGUGCUCUUACAUCUUUAAUAAGAACAGUGCUACAGCAAGAUGAUGCACUUGACAGCUUUCAUUAUAGCUCUCUGCAUCUUUCUCCCAUCCUCUUGGUCUCAGAGAUUGUCAUCUCCCACCCCAGAUCAUUUAUCUGCUGUGCCUGCAUGAAGCAUUCAGAGAUUUAGGGAGACUUUGCUUCCUCAAGCAGUGAGGAAGUUGUAUCAAAUAGAAUGUUUUGCAUCUUACAUUUUUCUCUUACUUUGAUAUUCUUGAAAUGACUGAGUUAUUGAAGCAUGGUUAUCUUAUGCCGCUUGCAUUCUGAUACAAGAUUUUGGGACUCUACAUCCUGUUGGGGGGGAAAGAAAAAAAAGAGUGCUAUCAGUGUGUGGUCUCUAUUUCAUAUUCAUUAACUUAUUGUGCAGAUUAUCAGCCAGAGUUCUCUGUGUAGAUACAAGAGGCACAGAUCUACUGAUUUUGUUAACCUUUAAAUAUCAGCAGAACUGGUGCUGUCAAAGCCUCAAGGAUUUUGCUGGUUUGGUAUGUGAUCCAAUUGGAUUAAAGUGGAUUAAUGCUCAGUGAAGUGAAUCUGUCCCAGGUUGUAUGAGCCCUUUCAGCCUGAACUGUGUGUUCCUGGUGCAUCUUUUAUCAGCUGAGGCUCCCUUUGAAUGCUGAGAGAAAGAACUGAAGAGCAGUUCAGGAAUCAAGUGAAGCAUAUGGUGGAUUAAAAUUUUCAGGUGUCAUAAGCUUCUUGGAAAUGCCAAAAAGACAGUGUGAAAUUUUAAAUUUUACAUGUUUUGACUGGUUGCCUUUGGAGUUAGAUGUGUGCCUUUGGAGUCGGGUCUGUGAGGAUAAAAUCUUGGAACAUGGUGUCUCACUGGUGUCUCACUUGAUUGCCCUUACUAGGAUGGCACAUCCAUUCUCAACUAUGCUUCAUUGAAUUCCUGCUCGUUAUUACAAUUAAUGCUGCUGCUGGUAUGAAAUCUGCCACAACACUGCUGUGGAACUCAUAACUUUGCCAGUGUCUUGGAACUUUGACAAAAAAAGUAGAUACAUCUUGCUAGCUUUGCCUUUUUGCUCUACAGCAUCAUAACUCAAUAGGGGUUUGUGUGGUGUCCCCUUCCUCUAGUGAAACAUUUUACAGGCUGAAAAAUAAGGAAACACAUGAAAGGGAAAAGCCUAUUUCUGUGCUAGGCUGGAGGAACAUAUUCUCUUAAUCACCUUAAUUUUCAAAAAGUUGGAACUCAUUUUCUAAAGGGAAUGCUUCUCUUCCAAAAAGAGGGAGGGUAUCCUCCACAGGGAGCCCUAGACAGUGAAGAUAAACCUGCUUCAGUAGUUUGCCCUGAGCAUGGCAGAAAUGUGGUAUUUAUUUUAUAUAUUUGAAGAUGUGUAGUAUCUGAACUCCAGUUUGGAGAGAUGAAGAAGGUUAAAAUGUAAGUCUUUGUGCUGUGUAAUACAUAUAACAAGAGACAGGAAACAGGAAGUUCUGCAGAAAAUAGCAAAAGAUCUUAUUUUGGAGAGGAGAGCAACAGAGGUAACUAAGUUUAGCAUCGUUAAAUUAUAGUCUUAAGGUUAGAGGAACAUUAGUUCCCAAUAAAAAGGUUUGGAAGACUUAAGCAGCAAGACUGAAAGAAUUAUGAAACCUUAAUUGAUGAGAAUGCAAUUAUGAAUGAAGUAACACUGUUGAGGCAAACUGAAACUCCUUGUCAGUGAAAACUUCCUGACCUUGAAUGUCACUAGGUCAGAAGUGGAAGGAGCCUGUAACCUCACACUUUUGAAGCCAGACUGGACAAAAACCAUGGAAUGUUUCCCGAGGGAACCGGCCUGUGUCGGUGAGGAGGUGAGGCAAACACACAGUUACAUCCUCAGACUCCCAGCUGAUGAACAAUUCCAGCAUGACUUGGGUUUGUUCUGCUGGCAAGCAGGGACAUGGACUGAUCCCCUUGAGCAUCUCCUGUAAAUGAGGGAAGUUGCUGCAGCCUGAGGAAAGCAAUUUUCAGCUUUCCCGAGCGCCACUCACUGACACAAGAGCCCCUGUGCAGACGCAGCACCCAUCGCACGCAGCGCGGGCACGGCUUGAUUAGCAGGGCAGGAUCCCCCCAUGCUGAGCUGCCUUGGAGAGAAGAACCAAAUCACCUGCUCUCUGCAUCGUCAUUAGCCUUUACUUGAGAAACCCUCUUCUACUUCCCUCAUCUCCACAUCCACAGGAAGCACCUGUCAAGUUCAUAUUUCUUAAUUUGGGUCAUGAGUUUUUAUUUCCUAGCAUUUCAGAGACUCCUGUUUUUACUGUUAGCAGGCUGUCCAUCAACACUGCACAUUUCCAGGCAAUUUUCCUUUCAGCUUCCUGAAAGGGAAAAAAAAAAUCUUUGUAUUGUUUAUCCUGGCUUUUAGACUUACAUUCUUCUGCCUUGUUAAUUCCAUCCUUUCAAAUCCCUGAAAAUGUUUUUUGUCUUGUCCUUCACCUUGAGGAUUCAGUAGUCAGCAUUUUGUGCAGCUCAGCAGGCAGGGAGGGUUAUGGACAGCAUGGAUGAAAUCGGAGCUGCUUCUGCCCACCCAGGUCCAGCUGCAGGAGGAAAUCCCACCUGCAUAGUAAAUGGGGUGGAGUGCUCAGAGGGAAAACCUGGAGACACUGAAUUCUAUGGGAAUUUUGCUGUUAGUAGGAAUGCACACAGUCUUCACUCUCUGCUUUGCAAACUCAUGGCAUUUCUGAUAAUGGUUUUUUUCAGAAGGAAAACCAGGGAUGAAAAUUAAGAAAAAAGUGGUUACUGAAGAAAACCAGAUAGCCUGGACAUGCUUAAAAGAAAGACCCUCAAACCAAUAUCUUCUACUGACCUGGCAGCAGUUCUGAGCUUCCCAACAGCCGUGUUUGGUGCCAGCUCAGCACAGGGACAGGACCUG